CGAGGCCUGGAGUGCUGGGUAGCGGGGGUGCGAGGAGCCCCGAGCGGCCUCUAGGUCCGAGCUCUUGAGCGCUGACCAGCAGGAAGGGUUAAAUGAAAGCCCUCCUCACGAUGUGGGCGGCCCGAGGGCUGUCCAGGGCCCUGCGCGCCUACUGCACCUCUGCCCCUUGCCCCAGACCCACACAGCCCCCCAGAGUGAGCAUCCGGGAUGCCCUCGUGAGCCAGAACUCAAGUGGGCACAGUAUUAAAGUGCAGGGAUGGGUUCGUUCAGUUCGAUCCCAGAAGGAAGUUUUAUUCCUCCAUAUAAAUGAUGGGUCAUCUUUGGAACAUUUGCAGAUUGUAGCAGACCCCAGCUUAGACAAUGGUGAUCUGACUUUUGGGAGUUCAGUGGAAGUCCAAGGGCUACUGGUUAAAAGUCCUUACAAAAAGCAAAAUAUGGAACUGAAGGCAGACAGAAUUGAAGUCAUUGGACAUUGUGAUCCUAAGUCCUUCCCUUUUAAAUACAAGGAGAGACAUCCCCUGGAAUAUAUUCGACAGCACCCUCACCUUCGCUGUAGGACCAAUGCCCUGGGCUCUAUACUGAGGGUUCGCAGUGAAGCUACAGAUGCUAUACACUCUUUCUUCAAGGCUAAUGGCUUUAUACAUAUUCACACCCCAGUGAUCACAUCAAAUGACUGUGAAGGGGCUGGAGAACUCUUUCAAGUUGAACCAUCGAAGAAAGUGAAAGAACUGGGGAAGAAUUUCUUCGAUGUUCCUGCCUUCCUGACUGUUUCUGCUCAGCUUCAUCUUGAAGUGAUGUCAGGAGCUUUCACUCAAGUGUUUACUUUUGGCCCAACUUUCCGAGCUGAGAAUUCUCAAAGCCGCAGGCAUCUGGCAGAGUUUUAUAUGGUUGAAGCAGAAAUGUCUUUUGUUGAGAGCCUUCAAGACAUUAUGCAGAUGAUGGAGACCCUCUUCAAAGCUACAACAGAGACUGUUCUCGCAAAUUGUCCGGAGGAUAUUGAGCUUUUGCAUAAAUUUGUAGCUCCUGGUCAAAAGGACAAGCUUGAACAAAUGCUGAAAAAUAAGUUUUUAAUCAUUUCCUAUACAGAAGCCAUGGAAAUCUUACAGAAGGCUUCCCAGAAUUUCACCUUCACCCCCAAGUGGGGUGUUGAUCUGCAAACUGAACAUGAAAAGUACCUGGUGAAGUACUGUGGCAAUAUUCCAGUAUUUGUUAUUAACUAUCCUUUUGAUCUCAAGCCUUUCUACAUGCGGGAUAAUGAAGAUGAACCUCAGCAUACGGUCGCUGCUGUUGAUCUUUUAGUACCUGGAGUUGGAGAACUCUUUGGAGGAAGCCUGAGAGAGGAACGGUUCCAUCUACUGCAGCAACGCUUAGCGAGACUAGGACUGGCAGAUACCUACCAAUGGUAUUUGGAUCUUCGUCGGUUUGGUUCUGUUCCACAUGGAGGCUUUGGGAUGGGAUUUGAACGGUAUCUACAGUGCAUCUUGGGAGUUGACAACAUCAAAGAUGUUAUCCCUUUUCCAAGGUUUCCUCAUUCAUGUCUUUUAUAGCAAAAUUUUAAAAUAGAAGUAUUGUAUAUAAAACUCAUGCAUGCAAGAACAUGCCAAUUUGUAUUUUUGAAAUACUGGUGAAAAUUCUUACCAUAAAAUUUGAAAUGUGCAGAGAAGAAAAAAUUAAGAUUUGGAGGGAAGUCUUUAUACAUUUAACACACAGAAAACCUACAAAAUCUUGGACAAGUAUGCAAAACAAGGCCUUGUCUCAAAGGGAAGAAGAAACAGAAGGAAAAAAUAUAUACCUUCAAGAUGUGAAAGGCAGGAUAUUAGAAUGGUUUUUUUCUUAAUCAUCAGACCACAGCCCAAAGGUGGAGGGUAUGUAAGAAAAGCCCUGAUUGUUUGUUUUGCUUACCAUAUAACCCCUGGUAGAUACCUAAUAUUUUAAAGUGCCAUAUCAAACAUUCCAUCCCUGUACUAGGCCUUGUGUAAAAUGGGAUUAAAUUGGUUCUUGUGAAAUUGUAAUUCGUAGUUGAAAUCACCUUUCUACUAAGCAAAAAAAAAAUUUGUUAAAUAAUUUAUGCACAUAAUUUCUUCUUUUUUGAUUGUAAAAACAGAACAUUAUAGGUAGUAAAUAUUACCACUGUAACUUGGUUAUAUUAAUUCUGGCAACAGUGUAUUUCUGAAUAUAUGGUCAGCUUUUUUUAUCCUAAAACAGUUAAAAGAAUUGUUCAAAGGGGCAGCUAAGGUGGCGCAGUGGAUAAAGCACUGGCCCUGGAGUCAGGAGUACCUGAGUUCAAAUCUGGCCUCAGACACUUAACACUUACUAGCUGUAUGACCCUGGGCAAGUCACUUAACCCCAAUUGCCUCACUAAAAAAACAAACAAACAAAGAAUUGUUCAUAUAAUCCUAAUAAUGCAAUAAAAUAGAUUUUUUUCAUGGAUGUCCUGGUGAAAAUGUGUCUGACUCUCUUCAGCUCUACCAAAAUUCCCAUCACACUUGAAUUUGGAAGAAAGACUCCUCUGAGCCAUAGAGUGCUAUCCCUAUGAAAAUGGUACUAAACCUAGACUCUGGCAAGAGUCACAAAGCAAAUUGCUUUUUGUGGGCUUUCCACUAAUACUCACUAAUUCAGUUCAGCAAUGAUUGAAUAAGAUAGAGCUCAAAGUGCAAUAAUGGGAUAGGACACAUAGACUAAUAACUAUCAUACAAAAUAAUAAGUACAUGAGAGAUACAGAGUGCUAGGUAAGGAUAUUAAUGGAGUCUCAAAAGUUGGUGCUAGAACCAAUUAGUCUCUACUAGAUUUUUCUUGAGAGCUGUAUAUACAUAUAUGAUAGAUAAAGUCAAGCACCCUCCCUCUCUCCUUUCCCUUCACCUCCAAAUUUAAAAGGAUCAUUUAGUCUAUGCCCCUUUUCUCAAUUUUCAUAUUCCUUAAUCCUUUGAAGUGACUUCUUUAUACAUCAAAGUCGCUAGUGACUCCCUAGUCUUGUGCUCUUUUCUCAGUCUUCCUUAAAGUGCACCUUAAAAUGUGGUAUAGUAAAAAGAGUGCUGAACUUGUGGUUUGAAAACCUACAUUGUCAUCUAGUCUUCACUUCUUACUCACCUGUGUGACUGGAGACAAGGCUCUUCACCUUUUUGGACCAGUUUACUCAUAUGUAAAAUGAGGGAGUUGGGGAAUAGCUGAUUUUUUGUUGUUGUUGUUCUCCUCCAUCUCUAAAUGCUUUAUUUUUUUCCUGUCCAUUCCCAUCACCUCCCCCAGCCCAGCCCCAAUUUGUGUCUGUCAUUUCUUCUCACCUUUUCAAUUAUAAUAGUAUCCUUACUGACUUUUCCACUUCCAGUCUCUCUUCCAGUGCAUCCUGCACACACUACAUGUCUUCUAAAAGAAAAGCCACAGUCAUCCCUCUUGCUCAAGUGUUUCUACCCAUUGCCUGUAGAAUGAAGUUCAGAUGUGUUAUUCUGGCACUCAAAAGCCCCAAACUCUGUUUCCAACUUUAUUUCAUCCUAGUACCCUAAGCAUUUCCUUCCCUGAAGUAAAACUAUGACUUUGUUUCCUUCUAAACGUAUACCAUGCUUUCCUGCCUCUAUACUAUUGUUUGUGCUAUUUUCUUACCUAUAAUGCCAUAUCUCUGCUUCAUCUGUCAAAAUUGUACUCACCAUCCAUGGCCACACAUAAAUGGUACCCACUCCAUGUAGACUUUCCUGAUCCCCAGUAUUAACUGUAACUUCCACCUCCUCUAAAUGGUUUCUUGAAGUCUU